UUUGAGUCUCCAAAGCAACCAUAGUUAACCAGAAAGAGUCAGUGGCACAGCAGCUCAUUGAUAAAACAUUGUGGCUCGCAAGCAUGUAGUCGAACUUAAGCAUUUGUCUUUUCUAGAACCAUCCAUAGUAGCUGCAAUUGUGUUUAUACGUCAAUUGGUUUCCUAAACAAUAUCUAGUGAUUUUAUUUUUGAUGUCCUCGCACAUGGAUUUCACUUGUUUUUCACACGUAAAUAUCGCGAGCCAUUAUUCUAAGCCCGAUUGAUGAUUUUAUAUUUUUAUUCCUAAUAUAAAGCAUGGGAUAGAAUAGUGGUCGUUCCAUUCCUUUAAAUAACUUAACCGUAGUUGAUUGACCGCUUUAUCGCAGUAAGAGGCAAGGCGAUCUAGAUCGAGACGGUGCCCUGCCUUGAGAGCUCUACUUGAAAAGGUUCUCAGAAGAAACCUGUACAAUAAGGGCACGAAUUGAAAUAAAGCAUAAAAUUGUGAGGUUAUUCUAAUUAUCAAAAAUAAGAGUACUGAAAAUUAAUGGUUAUGAACAUGGACACUAUACUGUUGCUAUGAAGUAAAAUGUUAUAUGAAAAUCGGUAGAGUUCUAUUAUAGUGAUUAUUUGAUUUGUUAAAUGAAGGGUCGGUGGUCCCGCAUGAAAAGUUACUUUUGUAAAACUGCAACCAUCAUGAAAAGUUUCUACAAUAAAUUAAAACGUCUAAACUAUAGAACACAGUGCUGACUGCUUAAAAAAAUACAUUCACAUGUUUAGUUAUUUUAAAAAACUAGAAAUAAAUUUUAGUGGCCUUAACCUUGGCAUACUCGAUGUUUCUUUGAUAUGUUUUUAAUGAGGUUUAAGGAUUAUAUAGGCAAUUUUUGUCUUAAAACAUGCCAAGAUAUAUUCCUUCAACUAACGAGUAAGUGUUAAAUCUAUUUAAUAAGUAUAAUAAUAAUAAUGCUAAAUAUAGGCCCUCACCAGGCUUGAGACGCUCGACACUUAAAUCGCUAUGCUAAUCAAAACUGUUGUAGUCCUUGCAAUCUAUAUUUUAAUUCAAAUAACGAAUGCAAAAAUAAUUUUUGCUUUAUUUUUAAAUGUUAUACUAAAUUCAAAACAUAAUUUCUAUACAAACCACAUUUGACGACAUUUUUCGAAGACAAUUUUUAUUUUAAUUAAUUGGCCAAUUGGACAUUUUAUUUUAAUGAAUUUUAAGUCGUAUACUCUAUGAUGUCUUAUUGUGAUAAAUAAUUGCAAAGCGCAUGUGUCAAUUCAAUAAAAAGUACGCAUGCGUCAAAAAUGAAAGAUGGCGGAAAACACGACUAGUAGUGUGUGACGAUUUUAUUUGAACUAAAAUUCGUAAUUAUAAGGAACUGGAGACUAGACAAAAAUUAUAUUUAAUUUCGUAAACGCGUAUGUGAAGACUAUGUUACCGACGUGAAUUAUAAUAGUGAUAACAAAUGAGAGUGACAAUUUGAAGAUGUUACAGUUUCUUACAUGAUUGAUAUGAAAUAUAAAUGGAACAAGGGACAUACAUUUUGUAUAUGUAAUGAGAAAUUGUAAUUAUGAAUAAAAAAUUAUGCAUUUGUCAAUCACCAGUAUUCGCAUGUAAAACACCGUAAAUAAUGAUCUGAGAAUAAAUUAAAGACAUGGACAAGACCAAGAAAAAGAGUAAUGUCAAUGGAAAAUAUAAGAAAACUAAACCAGAAAAUUGUGACGAUACUAUAACUACAUGCUGUUUUUGUAUAAAAACAAAGAAAAGUAAAAAGAAAAGCCUUAUAGCUGGAUGUAUAACAAAUCUCGGAAUAUUCAUAGUUCUUCUCCUUUAUACCUUAUUAGGUGCAUUUAUUUUCUUAGCUAUCGAAGGAGGUGCUGCUAAAAUACAACAGAAAACUUUAGCGACAACAUCUUACCAAGCUACUGAAAGUAAGAAACCUCUUGCUCUGUCUAAAGUAAAUAAUAGCAUCGCACAGGCAUCAGCUGAAUUAAGAUCACAAACUGUGGAGAGUAUAUGGGAGAUAACGGUUUCACUAAACAUAUUAUAUAAAGAAAAUUGGACAAGACUUGCAGCUCAGGAAAUUGCAAGAUUCCAGGAUAAAUUAGUCGCCAGAGUAACUGCUGAUGUAACUGAACAGUAUGGAGGUGCAAGAGCUUUGGAGUCAGCACCAGCUCUUGUAUCAGACGACUACGAAUGGAACUUUUCUAAAGCAUUUUUAUAUUCAUUAACUGUUCUUACUACUAUCGGCUAUGGUAGCGUGGCUCCUAAAACUGCAUUAGGCAAAAUAGUCACUAUAGGAUAUGCCGUUGUAGGUAUACCUUUAACGCUUCUAUAUUUAUCUGUGGUUGGAGCUCUCCUAUCUAGAGUAGUCAGAAGCAUAUUCAGUAGAACUCUGUGUUGCUGUCUUUGUGUCAAGUGCGGGUACUGCUGUCUCGACGAAAGCACAAUUUCAUCAAGAGAAAGAAAGGAAAAAGUCAGACGACCAGAAGAUUAUAGAACUCAGACCUUGCACCUACAAGAACCUUAUUACGUUCGAUCACCGUCAGGUACCAUUAUAUCAGCAUCCCAAGCGAACAGCCUUAGCACAAAUUCUAUAAAAGAUAAAAAUGUCGGAUUAUCGUUUCUCAGAGAUUGUGAUUCUAUGAGUUGUACAGAUACCGAUUCAAAGGUUUCACUAAAUGGUUUUUCAAUUCUUGCUCCAAUUUCUUUAUGCCUAGCUGCUAUUUUCACAUACAUUUCUUUCGGCGCCCUCAUUCUUUAUCAGCUGGAGGGUUGGAGCCCAGUAGAUGGAAUCUACUUUUGUUUUAUGAGCUUGAGUACAAUCGGUUUCGGUCACUUAGCACCUGGUAUGACUCAAAGAAAUGGUGCAUCAUCAGGAACAGUUUGGUUCUGUUCCAUUUACAUUAUAACUGGUCUGGCUUUGACUGCUAUGUGUUUUAAUAUACUUCACGAUGAAAUAGUUCAUCGACUGAGACAUCAUGAAAAAAUUAUGAAGAGUCCUACUCAAAAAGUUUUGACACCGGAAUUUCUACAGAGGUCCUGACGGGAUGAGAGUGGGAACUUAACUGAUGACUCAAUGCUUUCUUCAGACGGAGAGGCGUUACCAGAAGUUUUGCACCACGUUUCUAGAUCUAGACUUAACGGCGGAGCAUUCCGUCGAUCUGUAUACACAUUGAAAGAGGAGCAGGAAUCCGAUAGAACCAGUUCUAUGUAGGUAGAAAUUUAUUGAUACAAAAAGCAGCAUCAUAGAUAACAAUAUUGUUUUUUAAAUAUAGGUUAUUACAAUUAAAGGAAUUCAGAGGACUGAAGUGUUAGUAACUAUUAUUGUAUAAGCAAUUAGUGCCAAAAUACUAAGUAUGAAUGUAAAACAGGAUGUUACAGAGAAAAGUUUUAAACAUGAACUUCAUACUAACAUUAAUGUGUUGUCUUUUAGGGAAUUGAUUUUAAUACAUACUACUGAAAUUCAUUGUAUAAAUAGGAAAUGAAUCCUUGAACUAUUUAAAUAUUUUUCAAUAUGUUAGGCUAAAAUCACUUCACAUUUUUUAAUCCGUUAAGGAAUUGAUUUUCAUGUUUUGGAUAGUUUAGGUGUUUAGUUGACAGCGCGUGUGGUUUUUAUUAUAUGACUAAAGUCAUUUUUGUGCAAUUGACACGUAAAUAUAUUAAACUUUUAAGAAAUA